GCCGCCAAUGCCAAGGUCACGUCAAUAUUCAUAUACCCGAUCAAAUCUUGCCGUGGAAUUACUCUUUUUCAAGCACCUAUCUCUACCACAGGUUUUCGCUGGGAUCGGCAGUGGUUAGUGGUGAAUUCUAAAGGCAGGGCAUAUACUCAAAGAGUUGAGCCAAAGCUUGCUCUAGUUGAAGUGGAACUUCCAAAAGAGGCUUUUUCAGAGGGUUGGGAACCAAAUAAUAAUUCAUAUUUAGUGAUAACGGCUCCUGGCAUGGAUAUGCUGAAGAUUCCGUUAGCUAUACCAUCUGAAACAGCAGAUGGUGUCUCCGUGUGGGAGUGGUGCGGCUCUGCAUUGGAUGAAGGGGCUGAUGCAUCAAACUGGUUUUCCAAAUAUCUUGGGAAGCCCAGCAGGCUUGUGCGCUUUAAUGAAGCAUUGGAAAUUAGAGCUGUGAACCCUGAUUAUGCCAGUGGAUACAAAGUUAUGUUUUCUGACGGUUAUCCAUUCCUGUUGCUAUCUCAGGGAUCAAUGGAUGCGUUGAAUGCUCUUCUCAAGGAGCCUAUACCAGUUAACCGUUUCAGACCCAAUAUCCUAGUUGAUGGAUGUGAACCAUUUUCUGAGGAUUUAUGGACUGAGAUCAAGAUAAGCAAUUUAGCUUUCCAUGGUGUUAAACUAUGUGAUCGUUGUAAGGUAAAAGCUUUCCUUCUUUCACCUCACCCUGCCAAAAGCCUUUUUUGUCAUUUUGUUUUCAAGCUCAUGCAGCCUAUAGCAUGUUUGGCCCAGCUCAAGAUGUAUUUUUUUUUUUUCCUGGCUUAUUUGGGCAGUAAGUAUGCACUUCUUCCCCCAAGAAAGCUGGUAAGAAGCGCCAUAAAAGUGGGGGGCUUGGGUGCCAAACAUGCUCUUAAUGUUUCCUCCUCUGGAUGAUUCUAGAAUCUAGAAAGUCAGGCAAUUCAGAUUGGUAUAUACAUAUAUUAAUAUGCAUUCUGUCUUAUGGAUCUCCUUUUGGUUUUUCAAUCUGAAAUCCAUCUGUUUUUGAAUGAGCAAUUUAAUAGAAAGCACAGCCCGCAGGUAGCCUGCAAAUUGACAAAGCAUUAGAUGUUCUACGUUGUUACAAUUGAAUAAACUGUAGUCACUGCCUGAGACGAAAAUGAGAAAACUAAUUUCUGACCUUGGUGUCUUUUU